AUUAAUAUUUUUAUUUUCAGCAAGAAUGAUCCCAACCCUGUAAAAUAUGAACCGAAAUUAAAUAAAAUUUGAAAAAUGUGUAUAUUUACAAAUGACAAGGAUAUACCAACGUAUGUCCGCUUAUCUACAAGGGCUCUUCAGUAUUUAAUUAUCCCUCUUCUCUCUAUAGCAAUAAUAUCAGUUGGAGGCCACCAUCUCGAGGACUGCCCUGCACAACCAAACCUUCCUAUUUGGCAUAUAGUGGCAGGAUGUUCAGGUUUAUUAGUUCCUAUUUUGUACCUGUUAUUCGACGAACUGAAUCCUGCCUUGGCACAUCGAUGUCCUAUUCUCUCCGAGCUCAUGGACAAUACUAUUGUCUUCAUAAUCCCAGUUUACAUCUUGUUUGAAGUUGCUUGGCUCCUUACAGGAACAGUUUGGGUCUUCUCUUUAGAGAGGGAUAACCAGGUAUUUGGGGUCUUUUCUUUAGACAGGGAUAACCAGGUAUUUGGGGUCUUUUUUAUAAUAGGAUAUUUAGGUAUUUUUGGAUUUCUCUUUAUACGCGAAAAUUCAGGAAUUUUGGAACCUUUUUUUGGUCGAAACAAGAUCUAUUAAAACAAUGAAUUACAA